AUGUCCGAAUUAGUGAGUUUUCGUGCUUGUGACCAAACGGGCUCAAAAAUGGAUGAUCCUACUGGUGACGAUGGAGAUGAUAAUGAUUUCAGCAGUAUAGUGGACUCUGAACAUGGUGAUAAUACUUUCCCGUUGGCGAGAACGAAUGCUGGCUAUACCAGCUUAAUGGUCUACCAAGAGAGUAAACAAUAUCCUGCACCGGAGAUACAUGCUCCAGAAAAAAUACAAAUGCAAAGGCAAGAUAGUGAAAUGGCAGACCAAAAAGAUCCAUCCAACAAACAGCUAAAUGCCGAGCUGAGCAGUUUUGUGCAGAAAAAGUCAUUUGCCCAGAACAUGAUGGACAUUGCGCUGCUCUCGGCGAACACCAACCAGCUACGUUACGUGAUAGAUUUGGGAGAAAAACAUCCGUACUAUAUGACCAGCUUGCUGCUUAUUAUAGUGAGUUUGGUGAUGCAGAUCGUCGUUGGACUGUCCAUGCUAUAUGUGAACAGGUACAACAUGAAGAAUAAGACGGAAAUGAAAGCGGCCUCACACAUGAACAACCUUUCAGUGGCGGGUGUGUUCUUGGUAACGCUGGUCAACGUGUUUAUUUCCACAUUUAAUGGAGCAGGAGUUGGACCAUUGUCAGAUGCUGUCACUGUGACAAAUAAUGUAACUAAUUCAACGACAGAACAGGUUAUUCCAUGA